AUGCUGCCGCUUCAGCCCAUCACCUUCGUCUGGGUCCUCUUCUGCCGCUACUUCCUGAACACGGCCAACGUGCAGCGAUACCACUACCGGGGCACGCAGUGCGCGACGUGGUGCUUGCCGGUGACAGGGCACUUCUACUUCAUGCAGUCCCACAGGAAGCCGAUCUCGGACAUGAUCGUGCAGGCGGUGAAGGACGCGGACGACGCCGGGGUGAAGUAUCUGGGACUCGCGCACCUCAACAAGGCGGAGUUCAUCAACCAAGGCGGAAAGGAUCUGCUGCCCCAGCUGGGCGACCGCAAGAUCCGGGUGGUGCACGGCAACACCUUGACGGCCGCUGCGGUGUGGCAGGCACUGCGGGAGCACACCCAGCCCAAGGACGAGAUCGUCUUCGCCGGCUCUACCUCGAAAAUCGGCCGCGCCUUGUGCAUUCUGCUGGCCAAGCGGGGCCACACUGUGCGGAUGAUCACGGGCUGCGAGGAGCGGUUUCAGAAGAUCAAGGGCGAGGCCGGAGACGGUUUUCUCCCCUUGGCUGAGGUCCAGACCUAUGAGGAGGGCGUGGGCUGCCGCGCCUGGAUCUUGGGCAAGUGGAUGGAGCCCAAGCGGAUCCAGGCGCGCCUGGGCUUCUCGCGGGCCUUGGCUUUGGCUCGUUUUUGGCGGGCGGGUUCAGAACCGAAGGGUUUUUUCCAGGCGGGGGUGGAUGAGAAGCUCUUCUCUUCAAGGCCCACGGCAACUUUUUGGGGGGACACACUUUGCUACACAUAUAGGCAUAGGUGUUGUUUUUUGUUUUUGUUCUCCAACCAAUGGUCAUCCCAUGUAAAGUUAGGAGCUUUUGAUCAACCCCUAUGGCAUUUGUGUUGA